CCUAUUGUUCUAAACGCCAUUUAAUGUUUACAUUGCUAACCUCUUGGUUAGAUUUUUCCAUUGAACUCAUAAAAUUCAAUGGGGUAAUGCGACUUCAUAAUUCAAAUGAAAGCAUACUGUGAAUCAAUUUCAAAAUGUCGAGGUCUGAUACAAUGUGUACACAGUCCCUGUUGGAAGCAGGAGAUAGACCUCUUGAUCGUUCACUCAGUGAACCUGGGGAUGUCAAGACACAGUUUGCUACUAGAGAAGGAACUUACAGACUUAUGACGCUCAGUGAAUACUCUCGUCCAAAUCGUGUAGGUUAUCAGCAACAAGGGCAAACACCACCCCAAGUUAGAGUUUCAUUAAUAACUUUGCCAGAUCAAAGUGAAAAAAUAUGCUUCAAUCAUGGUAGAGAAUUAUAUGUUUACGUUUACAAAGGAAUCAAGAAAGCAGCUGAUCUCAGCAAGCCUUUAGAAAAAAAAAUUUAUAAAGGAACAAAUCCUACUUGUCAUGAUUUCAAUUCUUUUUCUGCAACUGGUGAUAAUUUGAGUUUGCUUAUUGGUUUUAGUACAGGCCAAAUACAACUUAUUGAUCCAUUCAAAAAAGAAGUUAAUAAAUUGUUUAAUGAAGAGAGACUCAUCGAUAAAAGUAGAGUUACUUGUUUACGUUGGGUUCCCGGAAGUAAAUCUUUGUUCUUAUCUGCUCAUACUUCUGGUCAGUUGUAUGUAUACAAUGAAGAAUUACCUUGUGGAUCGACUAUUCCUCAUUACCAACCAUUCAAGGCAGGGGAAGGCUUUACUAUAAGUACAUGUAAAACAAAGUCAACUCGAAAUCCAUUAUUUCGAUGGUUGCUUGGUACAGGAGCUGCUAUUAAUGAGUUAGCUUUCAGUCCUGAUGGUGGCAAACUAGCGGUUGUAUCUCAAGAUGGACUCUUGAGAGUAUUUCAAUAUGAUAGUAUGGAUUUACUCGGAACUGCAAGAUCUUACUUCGGUGGUUUGUUAUGUGUAGCAUGGUCAAAUGACUGUAGGUUAAUUGCAGUUGGAGGCGAAGAUGAUUUAGUGACUGUUUUUUCUAUGGAGGAAAAGAGGGUAAUAGCAAGAGCUCAAGGACAUAGGUCCUGGGUUUCUGCAGUUUCUUUUGAUUGGUACUUGGAAACUGAGGCUUGUUAUAGAUUUGGCUCUGUAGGACAUGAUACACAAAUAUGCCUUUGGGAACUUCCAGAAGAAGCCCUUGCUCCUCCAAGGCCAAGAGCUGCUAAGAAAAGAGUGGAUCCAUUGCAACUUGUUGGUACACCUGCAUGUCCUAGAUUGGAUGAAUGUCCUACACUUGAACCCUUAGUCUGUAAAAAAAUUGCUCAUGAAAGACUGACUUCGCUUAUGUUUCGACCAGAUUGUAUUAUAACUGCGUGCCAAGAUGGAUAUGUGUAUACUUGGGCACGCCCACCUUCUUGAAUGUAUUAUCAAUGUAUCAGUAAUUAUUUAUAUAUAAAUUAUUAUAUUUUCAGAUGAAUUGAUGUUGACCAUUUCUAAUAAAUAAAAAUGCUAUCCAUGUAUGUACAUUGGAUUUAAUUCAACAUGAUUAGAUGUAAAUACUGAUUUGAAUUAUUCUGAUUCUUUAAGUUUUCUAGUGGUAAAUAAACAAAGAUAAAAUA